UAGUCUGAUUUUUAAUAUAUUAUAGGCUUUACUAUGCCAAGAUUGGGAUUGGAACACCAUCAAAUGCUUAUUAUGUGCAAGUGGAUACGGGAAGCGACAUAAUGUGGGUUAACUGCAUCGGAUGUGAUCAAUGCCCCAGAAGAGGAUAUCAUGGUCUGGAGCUAGCAUUCUACAAUCGAAAGGAUUCUCUCUCUGGUAAAUUAGUUUCUUGUGGACACCAGUACUGCAAGGAUGUCAAUAAGGGUUCAGUAUCAGGAUGCUAUGGUAACACGUCAUGUUUUUUUAGUGAAACUUAUGGAGAUGGAAGCUACAGUUUGGGCUACUUUGUGGAGGACGUUGUUCAAUAUGACCAGGUUUCUGGUGAUCUCCAAACUAAAUCAUCAAAUGGAAGUGUAAUUUUUGGGUGUGGGGGUACACAGUCUGAAGAUCUAACUUCCUCGGAUGAUGCUCUUGAUGGGGUUCUGGGAUUUGGGAAAUCAAAUACAUCCAUGCUUUCCCAGCUGGCUUCAUCUGGAAGAGUGAAGAAAAUGUUUGCACAUUGCUUGGAUGGUGUGAAUGGUGGUGGUAUAUUUGCCAUUGGGAACGUUGUUAAACCGAAAGUAAACAUGACGGCAUUAGUACCAAACCAGCAACACUACAAUGUCAAUAUGACAGCCGUUGAAGUUGGUUAUCAAAUUCUAAACUUUUCUGCUGAUGUAUUUACAAAUGGAGAGAACAAGGGAGUUAUAAUUGACAGUGGAACAACAUUGGCUUAUCUUCCUGAGGUGAUUUAUGGACCACUAGUGAAAAAGAUACUCUCCUGGCAACCUGAUCUGAGAUUACGUACAGUUCAUGAUGAGUAUACGUGCUUUGAUUACUCUGGAAGUGUUGAUGAUGGAUUCCCUCAAGUUUAUUUUCAUUUUGAAAAUUCUGUUUCUUUAAGAGUGCGUCCACAUGAGUAUCUAUUCCCCUAUGAAGAUUUAUUUUGCAUUGGAUGGCAAAAUAGUGGUAGUCUAUCUCGGGACAAAUGGAACCUCACGGUUUUUGGAGAUUUGGUUCUCUCAAAUAAGCUAGUCUUGUAUGAUCUUGAGAAGCAGGCUAUUGGUUGGACUGAAUAUAACUGCUCAUCAAGCAUUGGAUUGAAGGAUGAAAUUACUGGAUCAGUACAUUUAGUAGGUGCUCACUCUCUGUCAGGUGCUUCUAGUUUGACUGCUCAAAUGGCUCUAACCUUCUUGUUAUUAGUAGCUCUGCUGCACCAUUCUCUACUUAAUGGGCAGAGCUGACAUGAAUAUUAGCUCCUGGUACUCGAAUCGGGAUAGGAAGCAUUUAAUAUUGAAAGGGAUUCUUCAAGUAUUGACACAGCAAAGCAAUUCACUGAAUGUCAAGUAGGGUGUGCAUAUUUUACAUACAGGAUUGGCUGAUGAUAGGAAAACUAAGAUACUGAACACGGGACGGUGCCUUUUUGUUUGUUUUAUAGAACAACUACUAGACCACUCCAUUUUUGCAUGAAGUUGGGUUGUACGUUACAAAAUGCAUAAUGUAAAUAGAUCUCUGUAUAUAUAUAGUUUAAUUUUGAUCCUCA